CACGUGUGGCUCUGACAGCUGGGGAGGGGGUGGCCCUGAGCAAUGUGGUCCAGAGACAGCCUGCACCAGGAGUUGCAGGACUGAGACCACCCCCAGACUCCCACCCUGCCGUUGCCCGCCUGUCCUCACCUAGGGCCACUGGGGCUGACUCCACCAUGUUCUCUCGGAAGAAGCGAGAACUUAUGAAAACUCCCUCUAUUUCCAAAAAGAACCGCGCGGGGAGCCCCAACCCGCAGUCCUCCUCAGGGGAGCUGCCCAGGAAGGAUUGGACAGAAGCUCCCGGCCUGGAGCCACCAGCCACAUCCCUGUCCACGGUAGCCAAGGGCACAGGGACACUCAAAAGACCCACCAGCCUGAGCCGCCAUGCCAGUGCAGCAGGCUUCCCGCUCUCGGGCACUGCCACCUGGACCCUGGGCCGUGGGUACCGAAGCCCCCUUUCUGCGGCCAGUCCGGCAGAGUUACCCACUGAGGGAGCUUUCCCUGAUGGCGUAGAAGACAUCUCAACCCUGCUGGCGGAUGUGGCCCGCUUUGCUGAGGGCUUGGAGAAGCUCAAGGAGUGUGUGCUGCAGGACGACCUUCUCGAGGCCCGCCGGCCACUGGCCCAUGAGUGCCUGGGUGAAGCUCUGCGAGUCAUGCGCCAGGUCAUCUCCAGAUACCCACUCCUCAACACCGUGGAGACACUCACAGCCGCUGGUACACUCAUUGCCAAGGUCAAAGCCUUUCAUUAUGAAUGCAACAAUGAAUCAGAUAAGAGGGAAUUUGAGAAGGCUCUGGAAACCAUUGCGGUGUCCUUCAGCUGCACUGUGUCCGAGUUCCUUUUGGGUGAAGUGGACAGCAGUACUCUCCUGGCGGUGCCUCCGGGGGACCCCAGCCAGUCCAUGGAGAACCUUUAUGGGGCUGGCACGGAGGGGCCCCCACAUAACGUGGAGGAAUGUGAAGAAGGUUGCCUGCCCCCCGAAGAGGUGGACAUGCUUCUGCAGCGAUGCGAAGGGGGUGUGGACGCUGCACUGCAGUAUGCAAAAGACAUGGCCAGGUACAUGAAGGACCUCAUCAGCUACCUGGAGAAGAGGACCACCCUGGGUGAGCGACUGAGACACCUGGGGUGGGGUGGAUGGGAGGGGCAGGGUGGGGUGGGGGGGGUCUAGGGAAGGCUGUUUCCAAAGCCUCACUCUGCACCCCAUUCUUUGGUAGAGAUGGAAUUCGCCAAAGGUCUCCAGAAGGUUGUCCACAACUGCAGACAGAGCGUCACACACGAGCCCCACAUGCCUCUCUUGUCCAUCUACUCACUGGCCCUGGAACAAGAUUUGGAGUUUGGCCACGGCAUGGUGCAGGCAGCGGGCACACUGCAGACCCAGACCUUCAUGCAGCCCCUGACGCUGCGGCGGUUGGAGCAUGAGAGGCGCAGGAAGGAGAUCAAAGAAUCUUGGCAUCGAGCACAGAGGAAGCUGCAAGAGGCAGAGGCCAACCUGCGCAAGGCCAAACAGGGCUACAAACAACGCUGUGAAGACCACGACAAGGCCCGGCUCCAGGUGGCCAAGGCUGAGGAGGAACAACAGGGCACAGGCCCAGGCGCAGGGACUGCGGCCUCUAAGGCCCUGGACAAGAGGCGCAGACUGGAGGAAGAGGCCAAAAACAAGGCCGAGGAGGCCAUGGCCACUUACCGCACAUGCGUGGCAGACGCAAAGACACAGAAGCAGGAGCUGGAGGACACAAAGGUGACUGCGCUGCGGCAGAUUCAGGAGGUCAUCAGGCAGAGUGAUCAGACCAUUAAGUCGGCCACCAUCUCCUACUACCAGCUGAUGCACAUGCAGACAGCACCGCUGCCCGUGAACUUCCAGAUGCUGUGCGAGAGCAGCAAACUAUAUGACCCGGGCCAACAGUACGCAUCUCACGUGCGUCAGCUGCAGAGAGGCGAGGAGCCGGACGUGCGCUACGACUUUGAGCCUUAUGUCUCUAACAACUCCUGGUCCCCAAUCAUGCGUACACGGAAGGGCAGCUUCAACCCUGGUGAUGCUUCAGGACCCGAAGCUGCUGGUAGUCCCCCCGAGGAAGGUGGCACCUCUGAGGCAGCACCCAACAAGGACCACAGGGGGGGACGAGGUCACCAGGUUCAUAAGUCCUGGCCCAUCUCCAUCUCAGACACCGAAGUUGGUCUGGACACCAGCUCAGGUGAAGUGGCACCUGGGGGACUUGAAGAAGUUCGAUCGAACAUCUUCCAGUGGGACGAUGUCAUCCAGUGAGGAGCUGGGGGAUCAGGAAGCUGGCUUGGUAGCUUCCGCCUUUGAUUCAGCUGACCUCAAUGGCAUGGACCCCGAGUUACCUGUGGCCAUGCCCAGUGGACCCUUCCGCCAUGUGGGAUUGUCCAAGGCAGCCCGCACACACCGACUUCGCAAACUGCGCACGCCAGCCAAGUGCAGAGAGUGUAACAGCUAUGUGUACUUCCAAGGAGCUGAAUGUGAAGAGUGCUGUCUGGCUUGUCACAAAAAGUGUUUGGAGACCCUGGCCAUCCAGUGUGGCCACAAGAAGCUUCAGGGCCGCCUGCAGCUCUUUGGACAAGACUUCAGCCAGGCAGCCCUCAGCACCCCUGAUGGGGUGCCCUUCAUUGUCAAAAAAUGUGUCUGUGAGAUUGAGCGGCGGGCACUGCACACCAAGGGGAUCUACCGGGUCAAUGGCGUGAAAACGCGUGUGGAGAAGCUGUGCCAGGCUUUUGAGAAUGGCAAAGAGUUGGUGGAGUUGUCACAGGCCUCACCCCACGACAUCAGCAACGUCCUAAAGCUAUACCUGCGGCAGCUACCGGAGCCCCUUAUCUCUUUUCGCUUCUACCAUGAGCUGGUGGGACUAGCUAAGGACAGCCUAAAGGCCGAAGCCGAAGCUAAGGCAGCGAGCCGGGGUCGGCAGGGUGGGUCCGAGAGUGAGGCUGCAACCUUGGCUAUGGUGGGCCGCCUGCGUGAGCUCAUGCAGGAUCUGCCAGCCGAAAACCGGGCCACACUCUUAUACCUGCUGAAGCACUUGCGAAGGAUCGUGGAAAUGGAGCAGGAUAACAAGAUGACCCCUGGGAACCUGGGCAUCGUUUUCGGGCCCACACUGUUGCGGCCUCGACCCACUGACGCCACCGUGUCCCUCUCUUCUCUGGUGGAUUAUCCCCACCAGGCCCGAGUUAUUGAGACUCUGAUUGUCCACUACGGCCUGGUCUUUGAGGAGGAGCCAGAGGAGGCGCCUGGCAGCCAGGAGGGGGCAUCCACCCAGUGUGGCCAGCUGGAGUCUGCUGAGGGCAUUGUCUUCCCCCUGCAGGAGGAGGCAGAGGACGGAAGCCGAGAAUCUCACGCGGCAUCUAAUGACUCGGACUCUGAGCUGGAAGACGCUUCUGACCCCCUUUCAUCCUCGGACGCCAGUGCUCUACACCGCCUCAGUUUCCUGGAGCAGACCGAGGCAGGCCUGGAGGAAGGUCCCCAGAGCCAUAGUGGCAGUGAGGAACAGCUGGAGGGUGAGGAUGGAGCCCCGGGUCCGUGGCUGUGUCACUUCAACACCAACCAGUCCAACAACACAUCACGGGCCCCUCUGCCCACCAUGCGGCUCCGAGGAGGGCAGAUCACAGGUGGCACCAGUCAGGAGCGGCAGCCACAGUUCGUCUGAGCUGGGUGGUGAUGGCAGGGACCAUCAGCUCAAUGUCAGCCUUUGACUCGGGGGGAGGGGGGUGUUCCUCACAAUGCCGAGGAACUUCAGGGAGAUCAGGGCUCCCUGGUACCAUGGACACAGAUGGAUAACAGUCCCAGAUGGAGUUGCCUGGCCUUUGUGUGCCUGUGGGGAUGCAGCUGCAGAUUCCCAUGAUGGCCUCAUCUCUCCCAUGGUCCCCAUCAGUCUGGAUGUGUCUGAGCGGGUACAGCCCUGACCUCUGUGUGUGGAGCUGGAGGUGGCUCUGGCUUCAGGAAUCUUGCAGGAGGCUGGACAUGGACAGACGGGUGGGGGCACACAGUGGGUCUCUCCCAAGGAGCAGUAAAGGAGCUUUCCACAUGAACUCACAAUUUUCUUGAAAUAAACUUCUUAACCAACUGCCA